AUGUCACGCGACUCCAACAAAGGAUAUCACGCCAGCGUCACUUCCUGGAAUUUUGAAAAGCGAGGACCUGAGGUUCACCAAUUCGAAAAGCGAUAUGACUACGCGGCUUUCCUCGGUGACUUUGAAAGGGCAACCAGAGUCGGUCAAGGAGAAGAGAAGUUCUUAGCCUGGGAAUCAGGCACAACCAUGCUCGCUAGUGAUGGGUUCAUGGGAUGUAUUGGGAUCAUGAUCGUUGGGGACGGGGGAGCCAUUAUUGGACAUUACAGCAACACCGAAACGGAUAUACGACAAGCGGAAGCCAAACUGCCAGAACUUAUCAGUGAUAACUCGGCAGCUUUGAGUGGAGCCAGAGCUUACUUGUAUGCACAAGUGAAGCUGAGGCAGCCCGACGAUUGGGUGUCUGAGCCGAACAACUUGCGAUUGAUAAACAUUGUCAAUAAUAAUUUGGACAUCACCCCCGAGCGAGUUAAAUAUAUCGAACCGGAGGAUAUGAUGGUUGAUGAUAAUGAUGAGCUUCUGGAUGAGUGCCCCGAAGAUCUGCUAUAUGGCGCAAUGAUGGUGAAACACACUAGCCAAUCCACCUCGACCACAUUUAUGGACCUUUCUUGGCAGGUAUCAGCUGCCGGAUGGGCUUGA